UUCCCACCAGCCGGGGCGGGGCUUGUCUGAGAGUCCAGAGGGAAACCUCACCGACCCCAACCCCGCCCGCGUUACGGCUCUUAUUUCUAUCACCGUGAGGUUGUGGGGCUUGGCGCUUAGAUUCUGAGUCACAGCCCUUUGACUCGCUGUGGUCACCUAUUUUAAUACUGACGUGGGGCGGCCGCUUAGCAAUUCCGCCUCCUUAGCGUUGCCGGAAGUAGAGACCUUGCUUGUCUGGGUUUCUUUGGGCAAGCCCUGUACCCCCGCCCCCGGGUAUCAGUGACCCCCAUCUGUAAAAUGAAGGGCAUGGUUUUAAAUUUCGAUGAAUAGACUUUUCAUCCAGGACAAAACCUGGGCCCGCUUUUUCCUCUGCUUCCCCACCGACCUCCACUCACUGAGGAGAGGAAGGAUGGAACGAUUCCUGGUGAAGCGAGCUCAAGGAGACCUUGUGGGAAAAGGGGAGCAGCAGAAGCAAACCGAAGAAGAGCCAGCUACCUUGAGCAAAGACCCAGGCGGCCCAAGGAAGAGACCCAGGAGAGAGAUCCAGGAGAGGGCCAGCCCUGAGGCAGGCGCCAGCUGGCGGCACAUCUGGGCUGAGGGCUUGGACUGCGAUUACACAGUCCUGUUUGGCAAAGCUGAGGCAGACGAGAUUUUCCAAGAGUUGGAGAAGAAAGUAGAAUAUUUUACAGGUGCGCUGGCCAGGGUCCUGGUGUUUGGGAAGUGGCACAACGUGCCGAGGAAGCAGGCGACCUAUGGCGAUGCUGGGCUGACCUACACAUUUUCAGGCCUUACACUGUCUCCAAAGCCCUGGAUCCCAGUGCUAGAGCGUGUGCGGGACCGCGUCUCUGGGGUGACAGGAGAGACCUUCAACUUUGUGCUUGUCAACAGGUAUAAAGAUGGCUGUGACCAUAUUGGGGAGCACCGAGACGAUGAACGAGAACUGGCCCCAGGAAGCCCCAUUGCCUCUGUCUCCUUUGGGGCCUGUAGGGACUUCCUUUUCCGGCAUAAGGAUUCCCGGGGAAAGAACCCCUGCCAGAGGGUGGAGGUCGUCAGGCUGCAGCUGGCCCACGGAAGCUUGCUGAUGAUGAACCCCCCCACCAACACUCAAUGGUAUCACAGUCUUCCUGUCCGCAAGAAGGUCCUGGCUCCGAGGGUCAAUCUGACAUUUCGUAAAAUUUUGCCUACUAAGAAAUAAAAUUUUUUAAAAAUGUUAA